AUGGCAGCCAUCUGCGCCAUUGCCUGGAUCGCCAACUUCGACUAUGGCUUCUCCGGAAUCGUGCUUGCAAUGCCCUCGUUCAACCAAGCAUUCGGCUCUGUUUGCACAACACAGCGCGACGCUGUCGGCGGUGUAGCAAUAGAGGUGUGCAGAUUGAGUUCACUACAGCAGUCGCUACUCAGCGUGAGCGCCCUCUUCCAGGCCCUUGGCGCUGCGCUUUCGGGCGUCACAGGCACGUUUGUCGGGCGGCGUGGUACGGUGAUGAUAGGCGCUGCACUGGUGGCGGUAGGCGCCGCGGGGAUGCUCGGCACAUCCCAGAGCUACCUCAACUACAUGGUGUGCAAGUGCAUCAAUGCGGCUGGUACUGGUCAGCUCUUCGUCGUGGGCAUCACAUACGGCACUGAGAGCGCGCCGCCAGAUCAGCGCGGGCUCUUGAUGGGCAUCUACAACGUCGCUCUGACGGUGGGCAAUGCGAUAGCUGCCGGAGUCUGCGCUGGUUCGGCAAGACUGAGUCCAACCAACAACUGGCAGUGGAGAGUCCCAAUCGCCUGCCAGCUACCCCUCAGCGUCGUCCUGGUGGUGACAUUCGUGUUUUUCCCCGACUCGCCGCGGUGGCUCAUUGUUCGUCGCAAGAAGGACGAUGCUAGGGUGGCUCUCGCCAAGUUCUAUGAUCUCGAUCAGCACUCGGAAGCCGUCACUGCGCAAAUGGACAUUAUUGCAGCAGCCAUCGAAGCUGAGACCCACACGAAAUCUUCAUCGGCUUGGGCCAGCAUCUACCGUCCACCUAAUCUGCGUCGAACCCUCGUGUCUGCAUUCCUGCUCGUUACACUGCAGAUUACCGGUAUCCAGUUCGUGGCCCCAUACACAGCGCUAUUUCUCUCGUCCUUGGGGGUGGCGAGCCCAUUCACGACGCAUGCGAUUGUAUCCGUGUGCAUCUUCGCAGGUUCAUUGGUUAGUCCUUGGAUCCUGGACAACGUGGGCCGCCGGCUCUCGCUGCUGUAUGGGUAUGCGAUUGCUGCUUGCUCAAUGCUUAUCUUCUCGGCGGUGGGAUCUGCACUCGGGACCGGCAGUACUAUCACGCAACGGGUGCUGGUUGCGUUCCUGUGCAUUUGGGCUUUCAUCUUUGGAGGGGCAAUCAGCGCUAGCUCGUGGUUGACGUCAGCAGAGGUGCAUGCGGUCCAUCUGCGGACCCAAGGACAAGCGAACACGCAGGCCUUUGCCUCGAUUUUCUCCUUUGCGGCACAGUUCUGGACGCCUUACAUGAUUGCAGCCAUCGGGACGAGCGUGGGGUACUUUUACGCUGGAGUAACCAUUGUUACCCUGACCACUGCCAUCUUCAUUGUGCCGGAAACUGCCCGACUGACGCUUGAGCAAAUAGACACGCUCUUCACUUCCGGGACACGGCCAUGGAUGACCACCAUGGCCGGGAACAAGCAGAUGAACCGGGCGCGUGGGCCAGAGGAGACGGUCGCACCGGCACGUGGUUGA